AUGGUGCUUACUUACUUGUUGCUGACCACUUUGGUUGUUUUAAAUAGCUUAUCUGCACCCAUUAACCCACAACGGUUACUUUCUUUUCUAAAUGACCUCGCGAAGGCCUCCCAAACAUAUGAGAAUCCUGUAAGAAGUUAUAGGGAAGCCGCUACUAGAAGAGUCUUUAACGUUAACGCUAAUGAAGGAAGCAAUAACCCUGGAACUGCUCGCUCUACACUCUUUCGUCCUACAGGAGAUAUUCUAAAAAGAGGACAGAAUGAUCUUAAACAGCAAGCAACAAGCACAUUACCUCUUCCUUCUAACGGGGAGAUGCUACAAAGUGAACAGAAUGAUAAUAAUCAGCAAGCGACAGGAACUAAUGCUACUUGGGAAGGUGAUUUAGAUAGGGGUCCCACUUCAUAUGAGGGUAAGUAA